AGUUGACGAAAGAACGUACGCGUGCCAACAGCUGUUUUAUUCGAGACAGCUUUUUUACUUAUCUCACAGUUUUGUUUUGUUUGUAAAUUCAUAAAAAAUUCACCAGAAAUGUUUGUAAACGCAUUAUGCUCUUUGUGUUCGUUAUGUGAUAUGCUAGUUUAAUGUAAAAACAGCUGCAAAUUUAAAGUGCAUGCAUGAAACACACACAAGUCAAUUGUGUAUGUGUACUGUAUUUGCUUAUCUAUUAACAAUUCAUUAUAUGGCAUAAAUUAUUAAGUCAAUUAAUGCUUCGGUAAAGCAACGUUUACAAACAUUUCGCUAAUUUAUUUAUACCAUUCCAUACACGUGCCUAUCUAUACACAUAUACAUAUACACACACACAAACAUAAACAAUAAACAGCCGACGAUUUGGGCAACCGGUUAAAGUAAAAUAAUAUAAAUAAAGCCAUCAAAAGCUUUCGGCAUCAGCUUAAGCUCUUGCACACGCAAGAGUAGCCACCACCUCUCCCGUUUACACACAAACACACAUCUGCAAGCUUCAAUCGAAAAAUGAGAAUCGCGAGCGUUAGUCUGCUUUCAGCUCUCGUUCGGCUGCCAUCAUUUGUGAUCCGCUCACCUGUCGUGGCCCAUAAUAAAGGCUUCUGCGCCGCUUUAAGUGUUUCAUCACAACGGUCAUUUUGUCAAUCAGCAGCUGCAAUGACGUUGCCAGAGCGUAAGCCAUUCACGCCGGAUUUCUUCUUUCGGCAAUUAUUCGACACGGAGAGCAGCACGUACAGCUAUCUGCUGGCAGACGCUGGCACAGGCGAAGCUGUCAUCAUCGAUCCUGUCCUGGAGCAGGCCAAGCGUGAUGCGCAACUCGUUAAGGAUCUGGGAUUUAAGCUCAAAUAUGCCAUUAACACGCACAUGCAUGCCGAUCACAUCACGGGCAGCGGCUGGCUGCGGCAACUGACUGGCUGUCAGUCUGUCAUUGCUGCUGCAAGUGGCGCCAAGGCGGAUCGUCAUAUUGUGGAGGGUGAUCACAUUGCGUUUGGACGCCACUCGAUUGAUACACUGGCGACACCUGGACACACCAACGGCUGCAUGAGCUAUGUGAUCAAGGAGCAGGGUUGCAUCUUCACCGGCGACACGCUGCUGAUUCGUGGCUGUGGACGCACCGAUUUUCAGGAGGGCAGCGCAAAGCACCUCUACCAGAAUGUCCAUGAAAAGAUCUUCUCUUUGCCGGAGAACUAUCGCGUCUAUCCGGCGCAUGACUACAAGGGUCAGCUGGAGAGCAGCGUGUGGGAGGAGAAACGCUACAAUCCACGCUUGACAAAGAGCAUCGAUGAGUUCGUCCAGAUUAUGGACAACCUGAAUUUGCCUUAUCCCAAGAAAAUCGAUGCAUCUCUGCCAGCUAAUCGUGAGUGUGGUGUUUACGAUAUACCCAAGGAGUAGAGAGGCGCAACAUCUACAACAAUAUAUAAUAAAUAUAUACUGAUUGUCUAAGUGGAAUUGGAGAUUAACGCCACGGCUCAAGAUACAUUUACUAUUCUAACUUUGACUGCAAUAGGCUCCAUUGUUGAUAUGUAUUUAUUGCAUUCAUUAAUAUUAUAUACCCAAUAUGUAUUUCAAUGUGCAUUCAAGUUAGACAACUACCUCUGAUCUAUAUUUUUAUACAUGUUAAAUAAACCAUUCUUGAAAAGUGCAAU